GGCGAAUUCUGAGCCGGCACAGUAGGCCGCGAGCUCACGCUACAACAUGAUCUUCUUAGCACUAUUGCUGGUCGGCGCGGUGGCGCUCUACCUGUACGGCACCAGGAACCACGACUAUUGGAAGAAGAAAGGAGUUAAACAUGACAAGCCCAUACCACUAUUUGGGACAGACGCGAAGCGGUAUCUGCUGCAGAGUAGUAUUGCGCAAAUGUCAGCCGAGACCUACUGGAAAUAUCCUAAUGAAAGAUUCGUGGGCUACUACCGCGGCGCCAUCCCAGAGCUGGUGAUCCGAGACCCGGAUCUCGUGAAGCAGAUCAUCACGACAGACUUCGCGUAUUUCUACUCGCGUGGGCUGUCACCGGCGCACAAGGUGAUCGAGCCGCUGCUCCGCAACCUGUUCUUCGCGGACGGAGACCUGUGGAAGCUGCUGCGGCAGCGCAUGACGCCGGCAUUCACGAGCGGCAAGCUGAAGGCGAUGUUCCCGCUGAUCGUGGAGCGCGCCGAGCGGCUGCAGGCGCGCGCGCUGGCCGCCGCCGCCGCCGGCCGCCCGCUCGACGCGCGCGACCUCAUGGCGCGCUACACCACCGACUUCAUCGGCGCCUGCGGCUUCGGCCUCGACGCCGACUCGCUCAACGACGAAAACUCACCCUUCAGAAAACUCGGCAUGAAAAUUUUCAACAUUACUUUCAAACGCACCAUUGUUAUAUUUUGUAAAACUAUUUUCCCCGACUUUUUCAAGAAACUUAAGUUUUUGGGACAAGACCUCGAAGAUGACAUUUUGGCGCUCGUUAAUCAGAUUCAAAAACAAAGAAAUUAUAAGCCUUCGGGUCGUAACGACUUCAUCGAUUUUUUGAUGGAAUGGCAACAACGAGGAAAGAUCAUAGUCGAAUCUUUGGAAGAAACGACUCCGGAAGGCAAGCCUAAGUUAGUCGAGCUAGAGAUGGACGACGUGCUGGUGGCUGCGCAGGCGUUCAUCUUCUUCGCGGCCGGCUUCGAGACGUCCUCGUCCGCCACCAGCUUCACGCUGCACCAGCUCGCCUUCCACCCGGAGGUGCAGCGGCGCGCGCAGGCCGACGUGGACCGCGUGCUGGCGCGCCACGGCAACAAGCUCAGCUACGACGCCGUCAAGGAGAUGACGUACUUGGACUGGGUGCUGCAGGAGGGCAUGCGCAUCUUCCCGUCGUCCGGCAUGCUGCUGCGGCAGUGCGUGCGACCCUAUACCAUCCCCGGGACCGACAUCACUAUCGACAAGGGCGUCAAGAUUAACAUCCCUCUGGUGGCGCUGCACAACGACCCGCAGUACUUCGACAACCCCUCCGAGUUCCGCCCCGAGCGCUUCGCCCCCGAGGAGGUCGCCAAGCGACACAAGUUCGUGUACCUGCCCUUCGGAGACGGACCCCGCUCUUGCAUUGGAGGUCGAUUGGGCCAGAUGCAGUCGCUGGCGGGUCUGGCGGCGGUGCUGGCGAAGUUCAGUGUGUCGCCGGCGCCGGAGACGCGGCGCGAGCUGGUCUCCGACCCCAAGUCCAGCAUCGUGCAGAACAUCGUGGGCGGCAUCCCGCUCAUGUUCGAGGCGCGACACCCCCCCGCGCCCGCCGCACCCCUCGCGCCCCUCGCCGACGACAACAGUCGCUCGCUCUAGUGCACGAUACUCCUAUUGCAUUCAUUUAUCGUCUAAGUCUUUAAUUUAUUUUAGUCUACUUCUUAUAAAACACUACGAGACAUACCCACUCAGAGACAUUUAAUGGUUACUUAAGCCAUUCCUUAGUGAAGGUUUUGUAUGACAUUCCGGCACUAAGGAGUGACUUAAGUAAUCAUUAAAUGUCUCUGAGUGGGGAGGUAAGUGUUAAUGUUUAGCAUGACUGUGAUACUGCGAGUUUAAGUGUUGAUUUGUUUGUUAUAGUUAGGUAUAAUUUAAAUAUUUUUCUCAAUGUUAAUCUCCUUUGCAUAAAACGAAAAAUUGUUUGUAUGCUGAUCAAUGUGUUACGAAUUGUUUUAUUUAAGUAUCUGUUUAGUAUAAUAAAUAAGCAAUAACGUUCUGAUAUAAAACGUAUACUUACCUACAUAUUA